GGUGUGGCUCACCCAGAGUUCAAGUUUAAUACUCGGAUUGUUGUCAAGCAAGUUAAUUCCUCCUACUAGCGUACUUCAUCCUCAUUGUUGCUUCGGCUUUGGUCUCAUUGCAGUCAUCUGCUCUUCAACAGAAACACUUCUCACGCAUCCACCUUUUGAAGUAGUGAAUCGAGUCAGAGAUGGCUGGUAGAGGAACAGUGAAGCCCCAUGCAGGAUUCAAUGCCAAUAAUGAUGCUGAGGUUCUCUUCAAGGCCAUGAAAGGAUUUGGCACAGAUGAGGAUGCUAUUGUGCAGUUGUUGACAUCACGUAGCAAUGAGCAGCGCAACCAGAUCAAAGCUGCAUAUAAAACCCUGCAUGGAAAGGAUUUGGUGAAUGAUUUGAAGUCAGAGUUGGGUGGCAAGUUUGAGACUCUCAUUGUAGCCUUGAUGACUCCUCCCAUACUGUAUGAUGUCUCAUGCCUACGUGAUGCCAUCAAGGGGGCAGGCACAGACGAGAAAGUGUUGAUCGAGAUCCUGGCAUCCAGACCAGCUAAUGAAAUCAAUCAGAUCAAAAGUGCUUACAAGCAAGCACAUGAUAAGGACCUGGAGGAAGCUGUGACUGGUGAUACUGGAGGUCACUUCCAGAGGAUGUUGGUUAUCUUGCUGCAAGCCAGCAGACAGCAGGGUAUACAAGAGAGCCUCAUUCAAAGUGAUGCGCAGGCAUUGUUUGCUGCAGGUGAACAGAAGUAUGGCACUGAUGAGAGCCAGUUCAUCACUAUACUGGGAAAUCGUAGUGCUGCUCACCUUAGGAGAGCGUUUGAGGAGUAUAGAAAGCUGUCAGGGUAUGAGAUAGAGGAGAGCAUCCAGAGAGAAACCUCUGGAAGCCUCCAAGAAGUACUGCUGGCUGUCGUGAAGUGUGCCCGCAGCGUUUCAGCUUAUUUUGCUGAGAGUCUUUACAACUCCAUGAAACAGGGGGCAGGUACAGAUGACCAAACAUUGAUGAGGAUCAUGGUCACCCGCAGUGAAGUUGACAUGAUGGAUAUUCGUGCUGAUUUCCGCAGAAUGUUUGCAACUUCUCUGCAUAAAACGAUUCAGGGUGAUACCUCUGGUGACUACCGUAAAGCCCUGCUGCUGCUGUGUGGUGGAGAUGAUGCAUAAGCCCCACCCUCCAUGCCUGGGUCAUGAUACUAUGACUCCCACAUGGCCAGGGACCAGUCCCCAUCCAAACACAAACUAAAGAAAACAAACUUCACAUUCCAAAUCAGUUGAAGGAUGUCAUGUCCUGCUGGACAUGUGCUGCAUAGCAUUAUUUAAUUCACAUUAGCAAUAUGUGAAUUUUGGCAUUCAUUUGUAAUGAAAUGUGUAGUAGAAAAAAAAACUCGCAAAUUGGAGAUCACAUUGAAGAUUAUAGGCCUCAAAUCUAUGACUUUAGAUGAAACCACAGAAAAACUACUAAUAUAUAUUUUUAAAUGAAGUAUUUUACAAAUUUUCAUGAAAAUACAUUUUGACUCUACCAUCUACAUGAAGGCCAAAUAUUUUACCCUAAAAUGAAGCAAUAUUUUAUAAACAUAUUCAACAACUUUUCACUUAUUUAUUGUUUGUACGGUCAACUAACUUUCACAACAUUUCAGUUUAUUAUAAUAACUGCUUUAAUAACAGUCAUUAUUAGGAAAUUCCUUUCAUAUAUUUAAAUGUUUGUAUCUGUGUAUGUUUUCAUCUAAAUUUGUGCUUAAAUGACAGGUUUGCUUAACUGCUUAAUUUCUAAAGUAAUAACAUUUUGCCUCUGAUUGGUGCAACAAUAUGUAUCUAUAUACUGCAAAUAAAAACAAAAUUCUUCCAAUAGA